UGUGAAAUGAGUAAAUACCUAUAGCUGGACAGUUCAAAGGAAGGGCUUCGUCAUGUUCCUGAUGGUUAAGUUCUUUGGUACAAGCUUUUUUUGAUUUCCCUGGAUUUCAGUCUGAUGUGCCGUUAGCCUCACAAAGUAUGCAUUAUUAUGUAAUAGUUACAUGUGAAAAGAAACCAGAGUCGCUGGUGGAGAAUCCUGACUGUUUCCACUGGGCCUGAAUAGUUCAGCCAGUUGAUUAAAAGAAAACCAGAACCUGGAAGUGCAGAAGACAAAUUCCUCUGGCACAAUGAGCUCUGAACAAGAAGUUGACAUUGUGAAAACUGUGGUCAAUGGGCUGAUAUCAAGCACAAAUGGACAAGAGCAAGCCAUUGACGUCCCUUUAUGUGCACGCUCUAUUUCUGCUGUUAAAAUAAUCCCUGUGAAGAAAGUGAAAAGUUCUCCUGACCUAAUGCUUCCUACAGACAAGGAUCCCACUAAAGUCUGCACUGGAAAAGGGACCGUGACCCUACGGGCAUCUUCAGCCUCUGAGGAAAGGCCAAGUAUCAGUCCCCCAUGUUCUCAGGAUGUCCAGCAGUCAGAAACACACAUAGCUCUGGAGACAGGAAAACCAGAAACAGAUGAUUGGAGGUUAUCCUCUAAUGGAGAUAUCCAGCCAUCUUCUCUGGCUGCCAAGGGCUAUAGAAGUGUGCGUCCCAACCUCUCCUCAGAGGGCAAACCACAGGAUGCCAUUUCUACCACCACAGCUCAGCCUGAGAUUAUAGUAGUCCCACUCCUCCAGGUUAACACAGACAGAGAGCAAGAAGGCAGCUCCAGCACUCCACCACCGCCUUUGGUACCUUUGGGGCAAGGUGCCACGUUCCCUGAGACCAUUCCUACUGGCUCACCUCUGACUUUUCCGACACUAGACGAUUUCAUUCCCCCUCACCUCCAGAGGGGUCCCCACCAUCAUCAUCUGCCCUCCUCACCUGGCAUCUUGCCCCCAGUUUGCCCGAAACUGCCAUCAUUCUCACUGCCACCUCCACUGGUGCCUCCCGUCCCGGAGGCUUUGCACAGAGUCUUGGAGCCUGAAAUCACUGGAGUCCUCUCACGUACAGACCCAUGUCCUGUGCUAAACAAAGUUUCCCCACCUCGCAUUGGCUCCGAAUACCAAUCCUCCUUAACGUCAAUCAGCAAGGCUUCCUCCACCUAUCCCUCAACCACAAUUGUCAACCCUACCAUCGUCCUCUUGCAGCACAACAGAGAACAGCAAAAGCGUCUUAGUAGCCUGGCAGAUUCCCUGCCAGACAGACCAGUUGCUGAUAAAGUAGGUCCUGUGUCUGCACAGGAAAAGCCAGCUCAGGACAGUGCUCAAAGAGAGAAGCCAGCAAUGGAUGAGAAGAGAAGAGCUGUCAGGAGUCCCCAGUAUAUGGCUGAUGUCUCCGUGGAUGAUGUAGGCAUUCCACUAAGGAACACAGACAGAUCAAAGGACUGGUACAAGACAAUGUUCAAACAGAUCCACAGGCUAACUAAAGAAACUCCUGAAGAAAACCCUUAUUGCCCUACCUACAAAUUCCCUGAACUUCCUGAAAUCCAGCAAUCACCCAAAGAAGACAAUCCUUACUGUCCUACAUACCAGUUUCCUGCGUCUACUCCUAGUCCUAAAUCUGAAGAUGAAGAUUCUGAUUCUUACUCUCCUCAUUAUUCCUAUUCUGAAGAUACAAGGACCCAGCCCUCAGUGCCCCGGUCCAAGAGUGAGAUGGACAACAUUGAUCCUGACAAGGUUGUUAAGAGAUCAGCUACUCUGCCACUUCCAACUCGUACUUCAUCACUGAAAUCCAGCCCAGAAAGGAAUGAUUGGGAACCCCCAGACAAGAAGGUGGAUACCAGAAAAUAUCGGGCAGAGCCAAAGAGCAUUUACGACUACCAGCCAGGAAAGUCCUCUGUUUUGGACAAUGAAAAGAUGACUCGGGAUAUAAGCCCAGAAGAGAUAGAUUUAAAGAAUGAACCUUGGUAUAAAUUCUUUUCGGAAUUGGAGUUUGGGAAACCGCCUCCAAAAAAGAUAUGGGAUUAUACUCCUGGAGAUUGCUCUAUACUUACUAGGGAGGAUAGAAAGACUGAUCUAGAAAAAGACAUUUACCUCUACCAGACUGAGUUAGAGGCAGAUUUAGAACAAAUGGAGAAGCUUUAUAGAGCGCCAGAUAAAAAGCCACCGAAGAGUACAGCAAGCAGCACUCUGGAAACAUCUUCAGACCACUCAUCCUACUCAGCCUAUUUACCCAGCUACCAGGCAGCAAGGAGAGAGCUGGAACCAGCACCAGUGGACCCUGCUGGCUUGGAGAAUGAAAGGCAGAUUUACAAAAGUGUGCUGGAAGGUGGUGAUAUCCCGCUGCAGGGGCUAAGUGGUCUCAAGCGUCCUUCUAGCUUUGCUUCCACUAAAGUGGAUCGUAAAGGUGGGAAUGCUCAUAUGAUUGCACCCUCUUCAGUUAAUAGCCGAACCUUUAACACUAGUCAUACCAGUAUGUUAGGUCAUGCAUGUAAACAUAAGAAGCCCUUAUCAGCUGCAAAAGCCUGCAUUACUGAAAUCCUCCCUUCCAAAUUCAAACCCAAACUAGCUGCUCCUGCUGCUCUUGUGCAGGACACAAAGGGUAUCCUGCUGCCUCAUGAGAAAGCGCAAAGCUGUGAGAACCUUCGUAGCUCCAGUGCCUUAUUUGAUAACAAACAACCUUUCCUAGUCAAUGGGGAAAGCGUAGAAAACCUUCUAAUGCAAUCAAAGCAGGAAUAUGUCACCAAAUCCAGCAGCACUAUGAGCCUGCAGGAGUACAGCACCAGUUCUAGGAAGGGCUACCUUCCCAGGAAGAGUGGGAUGGAGUUUACAAUGCUGUAUAAAAAUAUGCAUCAGAUCAACAGGUCCAGCAUCCACCUGGGCACCAUCUCAUCCUGCAGUGUGAGGGAUAUUGCAUCCCAGUUUGAGAAUGAGCUGAGGGACAGGAGUGAGCAGAGCCCUGGUCAGGAGAAUUUGGAGCAAAUCCCCAAAGACACUGUCUCAUCCCGCAUCACUGCCUUCGAGCAGCUGAUCCAGAGAUCCCGGUCCAUGCCUGCUCUUGACUUCUCCAGUGGGCAAAGCAAAUCGCCCAUCUCUCCACAGUCUAAGAGCUGCCUGAGCUCGGCCUAUUCAGCAGAAUCCCUCCUGGAGUCGCCAAAGCCAAACCAAGAAGAAGAGGAUGCUACCAGCAUGGCCGACAACUCCUCUCGCUCCUGCAGCAACAUGGAGGACUUGGUGUCAGAUCUCAGUGACAUUGUCCCCAUGGACACACUCUCAGCUUGCACGGACGAGACUGAUCUCCAGUCCAACGCAUCCAAAGACAGCGGAGGCAGCCUCAGCCAUGCCAACAGGCCCCAGAAAUAUAAAUUAAACAAAUGCAAAGGAGCUUGCCCGGCUUCCUACACCAGGUUUACCACCAUUCGUAGGCACGAGCAACAGCAGGCCUCCAAGAACCCCAGUUCCAAAGGGGACGCCCAGAGGGACAGGCACGCGCUCCCCAGAAAUGUCUAUCUGAUGAGCCCACUUCCCUUCAGAUUGAAAAAGCCCUUCCAGCACAACCUGAGAAAGAUUUCGCCCGCGGAUUGCCUGGGAAUCCCGCUGGAAUAUAGCACUGAGAACCAGAACAACGCAGCUCAGUCACAAGGGUGCCAGGCGGAAAAGAGUCACUACUCCCUGCACAGACAGUGCUGUGAAGACAGACCUCUGGCCCCUAGGCGCCUGUGUUCCUUUGACAUUGUGGAAAGGCUUAGCCAUUUCCCCAGCAUGGAAUCCAGUCCAGAUAGCUCCAUUCUCCGAGCUGAUAUGCCAGACUCCUUUAAUAAUGGCAAUAUUGUUCCAUACACUUUCUAUCACAGCUUGGAUAGAAACAACAACCCACAAAGCGAACUCAGGACAUACCCUGGAGAUUCAGAAUCACCAAGGCAUUUUGCACCAGUCGAUUACAUGGAAACUCCAGAAGAAAUUACUCGUAGACGUCAUGAUGAUAAAGAGAAACUUUUAGAGGACCAGAGACGACUUAAACGUGAGCAAGAAGAAGCUGAUAUUGCAGCUAGAAGGCACACAGGGGUUAUUCCAACGCACCAUCAGUUUAUCACUAAUGAGCGGUUUGGGGACCUCCUAAAUGUAGACGAUACAGCAAAGAGGAAAUCUGGGUCAGAGAUGAGACUUGCUAGAGCCAAGUUUGACUUCAAAGCACAGACAUUAAAGGAGCUUCCUCUGCAAAAAGGAGACAUUGUUUACAUUUACAAGCAGAUUGACCAGAACUGGUAUGAAGGAGAACACCAUGGCAGAGUUGGCAUCUUCCCACGCUCCUACAUAGAGCUACUUCCGCCUGCUGAAAAAGCCCAGCCCCAAAAGCUGGCCCCGGUGCAAGUUUUAGAGUAUGGAGAUGCUGUGGCUAAAUUUAACUUUAACGGGGAUACUCGAGUGGAAAUGUCAUUCAGAAAGGGCGAAAGGAUCACGGUGAUUCGGCGAGUUGAUGAGAACUGGUACGAAGGGAAAAUCUCUGGUACCAACCGCCAAGGCAUCUUCCCUGUCACUUACGUGGAUGUGCUCAAGCGGCCACUAGUGAAGAAUGCUGUUGAUUACCCUGAGCUGCUGAUGUCUCACUCCCCUAAUCGCAGUACAACAGCUUCCCCGCAGUCUCCUGGCUCUGAGCUGCUCCAUACACCAACUCCUCCACCUUUGCCAUUCCCACGCCAUGCCCUGUCUCCAGAGGUGCAGGCGAUCACGGCCGAGUGGAUUUCCCUGACUGUGGGAGUGUCUCCUAGCAGUACUCCUGUCACAACCCCUCCAUUGCCUCCUCUCCCCGAAGGCUGUCUCUGUCCCGAGGACUAUCUCACGGCCUCAGCUGCAGCCAGCCCCUCCCCCUCUGUUAGCCUUCACCAUUCUAACCUUUCGGGCUCCUCCACGCCACAGUCCAUUAUAUCGCCACUGCCAUCUUUCCCCUCCAGGCCACCGUCCUCUGCUCACACUUUCAGUCACUCCACUCCGCAAAGCGAAGAAAAGUUUGUUGGCUGCCCUUCCCCCAACCUGAGCAGCUGUCAGACCCUUCACUCGGUUGUUGGGAGACCCGAAAGCUUUCUCUCCGAGCUCAGUGAUGUCAUUGGCAACCAAACCAAGGUCCGAAAUAAUAGAGAAGGCAGCAGAAACAGUGAGAGGGAGGGUUGGAAUGAGACAGACAAAGGCUCUAAUCCCAUGCCCGAGAUCUCUGUGGAGGGUUGCUUGAAAACAUCAAACCUAGACAAGAAUAUGAGCCCAGAAAAGAGACCCUUUGCGUCCUUUGGGGAAAGCCAAUUAUGUCAGGAGCUAAUCACUACUGGGCAGGGAAAUAAUGCUGAGAAAAGAGGCACAAGGAAAGGUGAACUGAGACAGAUUCGAAGCGGAACAAACAAGACUGCAGACACUUCAUUCUCUUCAUCUGCUCUUCUCUCUUCCUCUGCACAUUCUUCCUCUGCUGUCACAAUACAACCACCUCCUAGACUUACACGCAGGGUCAGAAUGCCCCAGCCUUCUCACCAUUUACUGAGAGCAGGACCAGAUCUCACAGAGUCUGAAAAGAGCUAUGUGGAAGCAGUUUGCAAUGAGAUCAUAAACAUUGCAGAAAAGUCUGUUCAUUACUGCAGUACUAUUUCUCAGCCUCUUGACUCUCGCCGCACGGUGGCCUCUAAUGACAAUAAACCAUCUCUAAUCAUUUCUCAGCAACCUCAAGCACAUCAACAAGGAGCCAGCCCCGACAGGAGUCAAACACCAGGAGACAUACUUAGCUACCAAGCCCUGUACAGCUAUAUUCCCCAGAAUGAUGAUGAGCUGGAGCUAAGAGACGGAGAUAUUGUAGAUGUCAUGGAGAAAUGUGACGAUGGCUGGUUUGUGGGUACGUCUAGGAGAACAAGACAAUUUGGCACUUUCCCAGGCAACUACGUGAAACUGUUGUACCUCUGAAACAGUCAUGCACCUGCAACGCUGAUUAGUAUUGUUUACCGGACAAUGUUUAAGUAGCAAAGACCUUUGAAAUCAGACAGUUUGUUAAUGUAAUAAAUGAGAGAUGAGAAGUGGAAUGGGGAUGUGGUUAUGUGGUACAGUUCUGGGUUGAAUGUGCAGGCCUGGGUCUGGGUGUUGCUGGACUUAUGUUCUUGUUUGCUGAAGGAAAGAGACAAAGUUUCUAGUUUACAAUGCUGCCUUUGUAGCUCUGAGUUCUGAGGGCAGAGCUUAGUUUUCGUGCUUUUCAUUGAGUACUUACCUCUGAGAGUUUGGGGAAGCAGCAGAAUAGAGUGUGUGAUAGGUUUUGCUUAUGUGAGAGAAAAAGCAAUGGGAACUGUGAUGCAUUGAGGCAACAUGCAGCUCUGUCGCUGCUCCCUCUCUAUAACUGAGGGAGGCCUUCUCUGAGAUUACCCCCAUCUGCAAGGUAAUUUUCACUCUGCCUCCCGCUUUCAUUCUCAAUUCUUUCUUCAUUACGUGCACCUUAACAUACAUGGCAGGCAGAGAACGGUUUAUGUGAUUAGACUAGGUAGCAUAUGAGGAGGGGCUUUGAACUAACAGUUUAAUCCAGAGCAAUCAGCCAAAAAAACCCCUCAACUUUGGUAAUAUUCUGCUUCAUAAUAUCCACCCCUGCCGGUUUUUCUGUGUGUGUGUGUAUAUGGGUGAGCAUAUUGUGUGCAUAGAAAUGAACAGAGUCACAAUUUCCAUGAGGAAUCAACCCAGAUUUUACAAAAACAGAACACAAAUAAUGGAAAAUUUAGGGGACACAGAUCCUGUUUGCAAAUCCCAUGGCUGUUUUUCCUCUAAAUGUUGCGCUGAAUGACUGCACACAUUUUGAAGUAUACUCUUUGCAAUAAAGACUUUAUUUUCCCCUGGUAUUCUAGCAUAGAGAUUCGGGUAGAUGCUAGCAAAGUAUUACUGAGCUUGCUUUUUUUUUUUUUGUUGGUGGUGGUUCUUGAUUAGGCUGUCUCCUAAUAAAACUAGCAAGGCAAACCAAUUUGUAAAGUGAUGUUUAUACAGCUAUUACCAGCUGCAUAUAUUUGUACUUUUUUGAAAAAAACACAGCUUGCCCAGAGACUUCCCCGUAAGUCAAAAAUAAAUGUUCUUUUUGAUAGAAAUUCUAUUUCAAAAAGAAAAAAGUAUAGAUAAAACCAGUUGCAUCAGACUGCUUCCUACAUUUCCAGUACAAAUAGCAAAAGUUAAGAUUGCUAUUUUGGCAUCAGCCAUAUUUAAUAAUAGAAAAUGCCUAUUUUUAUGCCAAUGCUUUUAUACAAACUGAUUAACAGUAACUGCAACUAAGUGUUAGCAUGACUUGCAAUACGUUUUGAUAAAUUAGCCAUACUCCUGGGUUUAAAAACACUUAUCUUUCGCUGAGAUCAACGGAAGAGAAGACUCAAAAGUGCUUCGGAAGUAUGAUUGUAAAUAUGUAUAUUUAAUUUUGUACAGACAAUGUACUUACCGUGUAUAGAAAAAAAUAAUUUAAACAAAUUGUGCAGGAGGUCAGACUAGAUGAUCACAAUGGUCCCUUCUGACCUUAAA